UCCAUUCUUACUAUUCUAUAGAGUUUGUGCAAACAUUUGUUUUGAUUAUUUUAUAUACUUCCAAUAUGAUAAUGGUCCAUAUGAUAGGUAACCGUAACCUUGAAAUAAUGAAAUACUUCCUCUGGUCAACAACAGUGUGCAGUUUAUUAUGCUUCCAUGCGCUCUCAACUUACAACAACUUCAACACAUGUUGCAAAAACAAACUGGUUAGUCCCAGGUUCAUGGAUAUAAAGUCGAUGUAUUUUGGCGGACCAAAUGAAAAGAACGGUGAAGGGGCGUUCCUGAAUCGACGCAUGCUUUCCAUAAAUGAAACGUAUAAAAUUCUUUGGUACAAUUCACCGUCAUAUUUUCUGAAAAAGGCACAUAUAAGUUUACGAGCCUGUAGAUUCAACAAUUGCCAAUUAACAACUGAUUUAGGACAGAUGUCGGUAGCAGAUGCUGUUAUAUUCAGACAUAAUUAUCUACCGAAUAUACUCCCUGUUAAACACACCGACCAGAUAUGGAUAUUACAUGGACAGGAAACGCCAUUCUAUAUGAGAAAGAACUACUUAAAGAAGGCAUGGUUAGGACAAUUUAAUUGGUCAAUAACAUACGGUCAUACGUCGGAUAUCUCAAUGCCAUAUGCUAGCAUUGCCAAGGAAGUCAUUAGAGCGAAGAAAAAUUAUUCAGAUAUUUAUAGAAAGAAAACAAAGCAGGUAGCAUGGAUAGUUAGUCAUUGUUUUGCCGUAUCCGGUAGAGAUGAAUAUGUCCGAGAAUUACGAAAGUAUAUUUCUGUCGACAUUUAUGGAAAAUGUGGUAAUUUGACUUGUUCUAGAGAUGGCAAUGAAUGCAUGGAUAACAUUAGUAAAGAAUAUAAAUUCUACCUUUCAUUUGAAAACUCUUUAUGCAAGGAUUAUGUUUCAGAAAAAGUGUUUGCACUUUACAAUAACAAGUACAGUAUCAUCCCAAUAAUCCGAGGUGCUCCGAAUAUUGACGAAUACGUCCCACGGAAAACGUAUAUUAAUGCAUUUGACUUUGAGAAUCCCGAGAUACUUGCAAACUAUUUGUUACGCCUUGGUUCCGAUGAACAAACAUAUUCGUCAUAUUUGCAGGAGAAAGAUAAAUUCAGACCUUAUUAUGCUAGUUACUACAGAGCCAUGUGCUCUCUAUGUGAAAAAUUGAAUAAGUACAACAAAUCAAAGGUACUUGAAAAUUCAUCAUGGUUUACAAUACGAAACAAUUGUCUGGUACCUCAGAAUAGAUCACAAAUUGUUAUAAAGGACAGGGCUCCAGAUUACUGGUACUGGGAUUAAUCCAGAUACACAAGUCAAAUGAAGUAACUUAACGUUAAUGGUGGUAGUACCAUAUAUAUAGAUGGGUAUUACAUCCAUGGUAGUUCUCUCUACUGUUGAGACAUAUAUUAAACAUGGCACCACUUAUGAUUUAAAUGAACGCAUAUACACUCAAGUUUAAGGAACUAAUAUAGAAAUAAUUACAAUAUACGAAUCAUUUUAAAUUUAGAAUACAAUAGCUCGUUGAGACAAACCUCAUUGUGUUCUACGGAAAUAGAUAGUUUAGACCUCUCAUGUACUAGUCGGUAUUGUAGUACUAUUAUUUUCUACAUAACUGAUUGUGGGCUACGGAAAUAGACAGAUUAGAUCUCUCAUAUACCCGACAGUAUUGUGGUAUUGUGUUCCACAAGGCUGAUUGAAUGCUACGGAAAUAGACAGUUGAGGACGAUCGUUUCGUAUACUUGUAAUAUCAUUACAGUUUGUGUCGAUUUUGAACGAUAGGUGUUGUUUAGAGAUCAAUUAAGACACUAGUAAUACUUAUGCAUGUGAAAAGAAAUAAGUGAUUUCAGUGCAAAUACCUUGUUUUAAGUGAGUUUGUAAGUUUAAAAUAAACACUUUUAGAGGUUUACAGAAUAAGGAAUAAGAAAUGUUAAUCGCUUCAACCAAUGCAAGGGCCGCAAAUGGACAACAUGAAACUAAAACGAUCUAAAUAAUUUAAACACAGUCCAUCGUUUCAAAUUUCAAGUUUACAUGCACUAACAUUAUUGUGUAAUUGUAAUAUUCA